CACAAAUUCGAUUAAUUUUUCCUCGUCGUUCGAAUUGGUAUUUUAUUUUAUAUUAAUAAAAGUGAAAUGCGGAUAAGUUGCAACGGGUGUCGGGUGCUGAGGAAAGGUUGCAGCGACACCUGCAGCAUAAGGCCGUGUUUGGAUUGGAUCAAAAGCCCCGAAUCUCAGGCCAACGCCACCGUCUUCCUCGCCAAGUUCUACGGCCGUGCAGGCCUCAUCAACCUCAUUAAUGGCGGCCCCACCCACCUCCGACCUGCUAUAUUCACUUCUCUGCUGUACGAAGCCUGCGGGAGGAUCGUGAAUCCGAUAUACGGCUCCGCCGGCCUUCUCACCGCCGGAAACUGGCAGCUCUGCCAGAGGGCGGUGGAGGCCGUACUCAACGGCGCUCCGAUUACCCCGCUGGCCGUCGACGCGGCGGAGACGAAGGCCGCGCCGCCGAUGAAGGCGUACGACAUUAGGCAUGUGAACAGGGAGCUGAGUCAGCUCUCCGAGUCGAACAAUCUGCACCGAGUCAGAAGACCGAGUCGUUUCAAGCGGUCCGCUAGGAACACGAAUCGGAGGAGCCGUAUUUGGGUCGGGUCGGGCGACGAGUCGGGUCGUGAUGAUGUCCACCGGUCGCCGAGCCACGACUCGUCGUUGAGUCACCAGUCUGAGGCGGCUGAGCCGAAUGUCGAGAGGGAAAGCCGGGCGACCGAGAGCUUGGCUUCCGACGGCGCGCCGGAGCCGGCUCUUGAUUCUUCCGGCGAUGGAGACGUUGACUUAGAUUUGGCCCUGGGAUUCAAGUCGUUCAAACGCUGUAAUAAGCCGCCGAAGGAUUCGGCGUGGAAGGAAGGCGCCGCCGCUGGAAAGUCUAAAAUAGAGCUCGGGCUCGACUACCCGGCUGCCUGAAAUCGAACGGCGCCGAUCAAAUGUUUCGUUUUCCCGUGGAAACAUCCUGGCCGUCUAUCGUUAGGAUUAGCCGUUGAGUAAAUUUUUUUUUUUUGUUUUUUUUUUCUUAGUUAAUGUAGUUGUAAAAAAGAAAAAAGAGAAAUGCAAUAAGUUGUGACUUAUGACUUA